AUGAACGUGUUCCGCAGCUUCGACUACGAGACCUACUUCGGGCCAGGCGUUCGCUACGAGCCCAUCAAUGAUGGCUUUCUUGUAUUCCCUCCGAUUUACCCAGACCGCGUGUUUAUACUGCAGGCCUCAGAGCACCCGCUGCUGCAGCAGCAGCAGCAGCAGCAGCAGCUGCAGCAGCAGCUGCAGCAGCAGGCGCUGGGGGAAGAAGACGAAGAGGGCGGCGGAGCCGAGUGGCUCAAAGCCACGCCAGCAGCGAAGGCCCGCAGAGCUGCUGCUGCUGCUGCUGCUGCUGCUGCUGCUGGGGACUUCGGGGCCCCCGAAUUUGAACUGGGGGGCCCGCACGGAGCCCUGGGGGCCCCCGGACUCGUGGCCAAUAGGGCCCCCUCAUAUUUAAAUCCAAAAAACCCUUUUUUUAGAACUGGAAGACAAAAGGAGCGCGAGCGCAGAGAGUCCGAUUCAGGGCCUCAGCAGCGGCAGCAAUGGGGGAUGGACUCUGUACAGGGGGAUAUACCGAGGGGCCCCCUUGGGGCCCCUAACGACCGUUUCAAGUCUCUGCUGCCCUCAGUUACUGCUGCCCCUGCUGCUGCUGCUGCCUCCGUCGCUGCUGCUGCUGCGCAGGAGCUGGUGGACUCUAUAGACUGGACGCGAGAGCACCCCACCCUGCAGGACAAAAAUCAUUACAAACGGUCCUUCCUGGAGACGGGUUUGGCCGAUCCCAACCGCAACAGCGACAACUAUUUCGAUCCCCAGUUCUUCGGGGCUGUGGAGGGGCCCCCCUACGCAGCAAGUGCAGGGGCCUCCUUCUCGUGGGCCCUCUACUGGGUCCCGUGGCUCGCCAAGAAACACCCCCGAGGGGGGCCCCCCAUCAAAAGUGAAUGUUUCUGUUUGGGGGGCGUCGACCCCAUGCAGCUUUGGUUUUACCCCGAUGGCACCCCCAGCUCACUCCCCGGCUUCUGCUCCCUCAAGCUGGUCACCCGCCCUGGCUGGCACUUGCCAUUCCGCAUCAAGUUGUGGGUGCAGGGGGCCCCUGCCUUGCCUUUAUUCGAGCAGCAGCAGCAGCAGCAGCAGCAGCAGGGGGCAAAACGCAGGGGCCGGCGGCGGGCGUCGCAGGCCGCGGUGUUGUCCUGUUCUGAGCUGCUCGCGAAACCCUCGAGGGUUUGCGUCGGUCCUGUUUGGAGAGAACUUCUGGACAAAGGCAGCUACGUGGUGAGUGAAGAGCCCCCGCUGCCGCCCGCAGUGCAGCCGGAAGCGGGAAGCCCCAUUUGCUUCAACCCCCAGACCGACGUGGUCUUAGACGCAUUUGGAGGAGUGCAGGUGGGGGUGGCCGUGGGCGAAGAGGUCUGGGAGUGGGACGACGGGGCGUGGGACUUCGAGCAGUGGCUCAAGCGGCAAAGUGCCUACCCCGAUGACUAUGAGCUCGAGCAGACGCUGCCUCCGAAUUUCACCCACAGUCCUUAUUUUGAGAAUUUCAAAUACGAAGAUGUCCCUGACAAGCAUUUUUCCCGUUAUUUGCCGUCGGCGCUGCCCCCAGCGGUGACGGGGGAGAGGCUGGAGGCGGCGCUUCUAAGGCCGGGAAACCCUUACUAA